CUAGACCAAACCAAACCGGGCGGGGAGCGGCCUCGAGUUCCAACUCAUCUCGCCGCUCCUCUCCGGCCGCCCCCUCUUAUAACGAAGUCCAAAGCCCCCGCUUCUUCCCCAUCCAAAACCCUCGCCGAAAUCUGAGAUCCAUCUCGGAUUCCCAGGCGCGACACGAAACCCUAGCCUAGCGAAUCGCUCCAUGGCGAUCAUCUCCGACUUCCAGGAGGACGAGGCCCCGCCGCGGCAGCAGCAGGCGGCGGCGGUGGGCGGCGCCGAGGUCGAGGAGGCCCUCGCGGCGCUGCUGGAGCGGUGCGGCGGCGCCUUGCCGUUCCUCCAGGCGGCCAUCGGCGUCGCGCACCGCCGGUCGGCCCUGUUCCGCGAUCCGUCCGCGGUGAGCAAGGUCACCGCGAUGGCGGCGGCCGCCAGGGCCCAGGUGGAGGCCGAGGAGAGGGCGGCCAGGGAGGCGAAGAGGAAGGCGGAGGAGGCCGAGCGGAAGGCGGCGGCCGAGGCGGAGAAGGCGUCCAAGGCUGCGGCGGCGGCGACCGCGGCUCCGGCGGCGGCGGAGGAGAAGCCGGAGAGCUCGGCGGAGAAGGACAGCAUGGAGGUGGAUAAGAAGGAGGAGGGCAACGUGAGACAACCAAAUGCUGGCAAUGGUCUUGAUUUGGAGAAGUACUCGUGGACUCAACAGUUGCCAGAGGUUAACAUCACUGUUCCUGUUCCUGAAGGAACGAAAUCAAGAUUUGUGGUCUGUGAUAUAAAGAAGAACCAUCUAAAGGUUGGCCUGAAGGGCCAACCCCUUAUCAUUGACGGUGAGCUCUAUAAACCAGUUAAGGUUGAUGACUGCUUCUGGAGCAUAGAGGAUGGAAAAUCACUGAAUAUAUUGCUCACUAAGCACAACCAAAUGGAGUGGUGGAAAUCUGUGAUUAAGGGCGACCCUGAAGUUGAUACCCAAAAGGUGGAGCCAGAGAGCAGCAAACUUUCAGAUUUGGAUCCGGAGACGAGACAAACUGUGGAGAAGAUGAUGUUUGACCAACGCCAGAAGCAGAUGGGCCUUCCAACAAGUGAUGAGAUGCAGAAGCAAGAAAUUCUCAAGAAGUUCAUGGCUGAGCACCCGGAGAUGGACUUCUCAGGGGCGAAAAUAGCUUGAGGAUGAUCAAACAGCACCCGGAGAUGGGCUUCUCAGGGGCAAAAAUAGCUUGAGGAUGAUCAAAGCCAGUCACUGGAAGACGGUUGGUUGGGGAAAUUGUUUCUACAAUUAUCUUCAUCAGGUUGUUUGGGUGUCUAGUUUGUGUCUAGGACUGUGACUUGUUUCCUGAACUGGAUUAUAUCAUUUUUAUGCGUGGAUCAUAAUGUGCUGUUCUACUGCCUCCGACAUGCGUGUUAACUGAAAGUUCCGCUGCUGUGCUCUGUUCCAUGCUCACGUGAGCCAUGUACGGCACAAAAGUUCGCAUGCCGGUGUUUGGAAUGUCAAUGACCCAAGUGUUACCUGCUUUA